AUGGAGCAGUCAAGACAUUUAUUGUUCAUAAAAACUACUGUGAUCCUUUUGGCCAUUUUAUGUACACUUAUGGCAUGUCACGCCAGUAUUGAUAAAAAGGGCGGUGCUCAUGACGCAAUUGUAGGUUGGGGCGAUCAAAUUUUCUCCACGAUCAGCCAGAAGAUGAACGAGUUGACUGACUUUGACACAAUCAAACAAAUUAUUGACGCUACGAUUGAAGAGGAUUGCUACGUCGAGGAAUGUCCAGCAGGUCGUGUGAGGCAGCCGAAUCCUUAUUUCAUUUCCGAAAGUAAUGGCUGUGGUUCUUUUGGUUAUCAGUGGAAAAAGGAUUUGCUACCCGACGAAGGGCUUGAGGAUUGCUGUAAUGUCCACGAUCAUUGCUACGAUGAAUGCGGCGCUGAUAAAGAUAUUUGCGAUCUCGAAUUUAAAACGUGUCUUUACAGCGUCUGUAAAAGCAGGAAACAUGAAUGGACAGUAAAUGAACUGAAAGCUUGUAAAGGUGCUGCCAAAUUGAUGUACACAGCUACUCAAGCUUUCGGCUGUAAAGCAUAUCAAAAUGCCCAGAAAAAAGCCUGUCGUUGUGUUGGAAUGAGUCAUCAGGACCUGUGAGCUGCAAAACUAUCGAGGUGGACAUUUAGUAGUGCAGCAAUUUCGGGAAAUAGGCGCCAACAACACAACCGCAAGAAGCAGGUAGUUGGAAAUUUUCAAUGGCGAAGGGAAAGUAAUAAUCGUAGGGAUCGAAGACCAAGAAUCGGUGGAAAAUGUUCUUCUGGACGCAUUUGGAGUCGUAGCAAGUAGGGACCAAUGGGCACGAAGAACCGAUGGCGAUGUCACAUUCCUCUAUGCGGGCCGUCUGGGUGAACUGGUAAUUGUAAGACUCGACUUUGUUGACAAUAACACGCCACUUUCCGUCGACAUUGACAGCUCGCAUGGGUUGAACGUAAGCGGUAGAACUCGGGCACAGAUACGUUUCUUCGGACAAGUCUUUCAGUCCGUCGACCGAGUUGGGUGUGAUGGCCUUUAGGUCCUUGUAGAGCGCCAAGACUUCUUGAUAGUAGUUGUUCAAUGCCUUUUGGAUGUCGUAGAUGGGGUAAACUUCAUCAUCGAGACACCACGGCUUCGUCGAGUUCUUGGCGCAGAGGGGCACGUCUUCGUACUUGGGUACUGGAUAGCCUAGUUUGGAAGGGGAUUUAUUGGCCAUCGCGACAGCCAUCAAGGAGGCAAAGA